UAUUAUAAAAGAGAAGUACACACAAUUUUGGGCGUCUUAUGGAGCUGUAGAUGAAGAUGAGAGGGAAAAAUGGUUUCAGGCAUUUCAGGAGCGUUGUGUUUGGGAUGUUAGAGAUGAGGCCGCGAUUAAAGAAAACUUUCACACAAAAUGUGCUGCUCGAUUUUCUGAUACCAUGAGGAAUGUUAGACUUAAAUGGGAAGCAAAAGGGACACGUCCACGUUGGAUAGGAGAAGAUAUAUUCCCACAGCUUAUUGAUCAUUGGAAUUCUGAUAAGUUUAAGGAAAUAUCUGAGCAGGCAAAGAAAAAUAGAGCAUCUGAAGUUGGUGGCUGCAACUAUGCAGCGGGAAGUAUUAGUGUGACUGAAGUUGCGCGAAGGAUGCGUGAAGAAUUAGGCAGAACUCCACUUCUUAAUGAGCUCCACAUGGAGACUCAUCUCAAGAGAAAUGGAGAGUUUAUUGACGAGCGCGCAAAAAUCACUCAAGAGAAUUUUGAUAAAGAACUUGCCAUAAAGUUGUCAGAGCAUCCUGAAAUACCCGAACCACCACCGGGGUAUCCUGUUGACCCCAGUCUUGGUUUUCAGACUUGGUAUAAGGUUUCAGGUGGAAAGAAGAAAAAUGGGAGAGUGUAUUGUACUGGAGGGUAUUCCAAAAAUAUCAAGCGGCGUAGUAGAGAUUUCAAAAUGAGAUAUGCUGAUGGAGAAGGAUCAUCCACUCCACCUAUAUUAACCGCCGAAAUGCUUGAAACUGUGAGAAACUUGGCAAAUACUGAGGCAGCACAACAAGUAGCAGCAAGAAAUUUGGAAAUUGAAGAGAUGAAGAGAAAACAAUUAGAGAUGCAGGAGGAAAUGCAAAGAAGAGAAAGAGAAUUACGGGAAGAAAUGAGGAGAGAAUUUCAGGAAGAAAUGAGGAGGCAGACACAGGAAUAUCAAGAAGCAAUGCGAAUUGCAAAUGAGCGGUCACAAAGGUUUGAUCAGUUUUUUGCUUCACAAAAUAUGAGUGGUGGUGGAUUUGGAGGAACUAGUGGAUAUGGAGGAGCUGAUGAAGAAGAGGAGGAACAAGAUGGGGGGAAUAAUUAAAUUUACAUAUUUAAGUUUAUUUUAAUUUGUAUUGAACAAUUUGUGUUAAUUAUUUUGAACUUAUUUUUAAAUAUUAUUGUAAUUU